AUGGAUUCAUCGAACUCUUCACUCAUUGUGUCAGGCAGCGAGGCCUAUGAAGCUUUUGCACUGGACAAAUCAUUAUGGUUGAAUCUGAGUUUGAUCGUGAUGAUAGUGUUGGGAUCGGUGGGCAACGGUCUGUGCUGCUACGCGGUAGCAAAGUACAAAUUUCUGCGGACGGUGCCCAAUUUCUAUAUCACCGCCCUCUGUGUGUCGGACCUGAUCAUGUGCGUAUUUGUUUUGCCCCCGAUGGUGUUCAAUGGAUUCCACGAAGAUGGCUGGGUCUUGGGGAAACUCAUCUGUCGUCUGUGGAUUUUUCUUUUUUCCGUAGGGGCCAUGUCCUCCAUACUGGUACUGUGCAUGGUUUCCGUGGACCGUUACCUGUCGAUCGCCACGCCCGUUAAAUACUUGAAGUACCGUAAACCUCGGAUAGCGCUGGCCGUCAUUAUCGGGGGCUGGCUUGCAGUGGUCGGUAUAUCGGUCGUCUUCACCCGACAGGCUUAUCACGCUAACGGGUGUUAUCUUGGAUCACCGACUGAGCCAUAUCGACGUCUUUCAUUAUGUAUGUUCUGGAUUCCCACGACUAUUCUCGUGAUCGUGAACGUUGGUACAGCUCGGGCCAUUUGGAAGAUCAACCGCCCGCGGCGAAUUGGUCCAGCAAGAAACCCAAAUGUACCCCGGCCAGCCCCAGUACACAAUCAGCGUGAUGUCCAAGCAGACGUGUUGGAGAUGCAACAAAUAAGAUCUGACAUGCCCAGUUGCAGCAGCCGCAGGUCUACGACCAUGAGGCACCCGACUGGCGUGAAAGCUGAUGACGCCACGAUGGCAAACAUCCCCGGUCCAUCCUUCUCCAAAGAGCCCCAAAGAGUCGCUUCCAGUGCCGCCGUAACUCCGGUCACAGCGCCCGUCGACCGCCGUCAGCAGCAGGACACAGACCUACGGCCCAAUCAGCAGCUGAGGAUAGAAGAUAUCAUAGCGGCUCGCAGGAAGAAAUCCUUUGCAAUGAUUGCCGUAGUUGUCGGCUCUUACAUAGUCCGCUGGCUGCCUUUCUUCAGCAUCAUCCUGUACUCCAAACAGCAUCCUGAGGUCUACCAAACACCAGUUGCUCCCUGGCCGCUGGUAGCUAGCCUAUGGUUAGCCUUUCUCAAUUCCACCAUCAACCCAAUCAUUUACGCCUCUAUGAAGAGAGACUACAAGCGAGCCAUGAAGAUGAUACUACGGUGCAGGCGUGCUUAA